AUGUAAAACGGAGUAAACGGAGAUAACAAAAAACUACCCAGAUCCGAACUCACUCCCUUGAAAACUCUUCUACUACAGCACUUGUCAAGCAGCAAGCAUGCCUCUCGCCGUUGACCUUCUGAACCCUUCCGCUGAGUCCGAAAAGAGGAAGCACAAGCUAAAGCGUCUCAUUCCUAACCCAAACUCAUACUUCAUGGACGUCAAAUGCCCUGGGUGCUUCGCCAUAACAACUGUCUUCUCGCAUGCUGACUCUGUUGUCGUGUGCGCUGCUUGCCAGCAGGUCCUUUGCCAGCCAACUGGCGGGAAGGCCCUCCUCACUGAUGGGUGCUCCUUCCGUAAGAAGGCAUAAGUGACUCGUCCUCAUCCUCGCACUUGCAAAGCCCGAUAAUUUUCUCUAUUCAUUACAUUUUCUCGUACCCUUCGCAGUGACUUGUACAAAUGGAUGCA